AUGUUUGAAAUAGUCAAGAUUGCUGACCCCAUUCUCAGUCGUCAAGGUUUCACCAGAGGCAAUACCAAAAGCACCCAAAAUCUCAAGGCUCAAUACAAUGUAUCACAAUCGAGCCUGCAGCAGGCGCCGCCUAUGCCACCCCUGGCCAACUCUCCCUCACUAUCGUCGAACUUCAGUCAAGAGAAUUCCUACACUGAACAAGAACCGAAGAAGUUUUUGAACGAGAAAUACGCGAAGUGCUCAGUCAAGGGGAACUUUUUGACCUUGGCUGCGCAGCCAAAAAAUGUCGAGCUUGGAGAAUGGCUGGCCCAUCAGCUGGUGGAGAUGAAUAGAUUGCUCACCAGCAUGAUUCUCGUUAUUCAAGAGGUGGACACGAACACUGGAAUGGCGCUAUGCAAUGAAGCUGGCUGCCCUACCAUGUCUGCCGGACGUCUCACAUACACCUGGCUCGAGAAUGGAAGGCCAGCCAAGAUCCCCGCGCCAUCAUACAUUGUUCGAGUUCAGCGAUGGAUUGUCGGCAAGAUCCACGACGAGAAGGUCUUCCCUACCGAACCACCAAUGAGUGUUGCCAGCACUGCAUACGCUUCUGGGGAUACCAGCUCAACCCCGGGCUCGGCGACGUCCCCUAUCCCCGCUGGUCCUACCACUUUGAAUCAGUCUCUCACCUCUCUUGCUGGCAAUCAGGACGAGUGGGUUGGGAAGUCUUCAGGAUUCCCGCAAAACUUCCUGCAAGAUGUCAAGAGCAUUAUCAAGCAGAUGUUCCGAUGCUACGCUCAUUUGUAUCACUGCCACUGGGAUCACCCGUUUUGGCACAUCAACCGACACCUUGACCUCAACAGUUGCUUCGUCCACUUCAUCACUGUUGCUAUGUAUUACGACCUCUUGCCAAAGAAGGACAUGGAGCCGCUGCAGGGCCUGAUAGACAUUUUCGUCGCUCAGGGCAUCGUGCCUAGGGAGGCUGUGCAGCAACAUGUCAGUUAG